AUUCCCCUCUCUCUCGCCUCUUUUCCUUCUCCAGCACACAUCAAUUCCAUUCUUCAAGAAACCCACUUUUUUCUCUUCCUGUCUCUUUCUCUCUCACUCCUCCAACAUUCUCCGUCUUCUUCGUGCGCUCCCUCUCUCCCCCUUCCUAAGCCUUCGCUCCUCUGAUUCAGACCCUUCUCCGUCAAAAUGUCGGCCCAAAUCGUCGAACACAUUGUCCUCUUUAAGGUCAGACCCGAAACCAACCCAUCCAAGUUGACUCCACGGCCGCCGGCCUCUCUACUGUCGACCCCAUCCUCCACCUGUCCGUCGGCCCCGUCCACCGGAACCGCUCGCCGGCGUUCUCCUUCACCCGCAUGCUCCACAGCCGCUACAAGUCCAAGGACGAUCUCGACGCCUAUUCGGGUCACCCGGCACGCGUCAGCGUCGUCACAGAUCAGGUCCGCCCUAUCUCUUCUUCUGCUGGAGCUGACCCCGAGCCGAGUUCAUGUUCACCGAGCUCACGCUCGAGCUGGAGCCUGAGUUCGGCAUGCCGAGCCCGAGCUGCUCGAUUGCAACCCUAAACACAGGGACCAAAAACCCUAACCCGAUUUCAUUUAACUGGUUUCGUAUGCAUAUAUAUAUAUACACAUUUAUGUAUAUGCGAACGCACGCACACAUACUUAUGAUAUUGUUGGUUUAUUUUUGAACUUAAAAGUGCAGCUUUUGGUCGGUCUCCGUCAGUCUUUCAAAUAUUGAGAAAAAGAAUAUUGUAAAGCUGUUUCGUUAUGAAUGUUCAUUUCUAUUUCUUGCCUUUUUAACUUCAAGCAUUUCCUUAUAGACAAAAUUUAAAUGUUAAUAUAAUGUGCUGGCGUUUCUUCUUGGGUAUUUUUUUUUUCUUUUCUGUAUUUUCACGUCUAAUAUGAGUGGAUUUUGACAUGCUUUUAGUUCAAAUUGGAUUUUUUAUGUUAUGUUAUGUUUGUCAUUGAACUGUGCAAAUUUAUUCAUGCACCUUUUUCCAUGUUUGUAUUAUUUAUAGUCUGUUUAUUUGAAUAAAAAGUCAGCCAGAUGCCGUCUGUAUACCCCCAAGAACGUCCCUGAUGUAGGGCAGCCUACUGAUGCUUCCCAGUGUUCCCACCCAGAGGUAUUACUUUGCAGGAUCUAUCAUUCCAGUAUGGUCUGGUGAAGCAUUUUCAUUUUCUACUUACUAGAUUCCCUUGCCUCUGAUUAUAGUUACUGUUGAGAGAGUUUGGAUUGAAUAGAAAUUCUCUCUUAUUUAUUCCAUGAGUAUGAAACCCUAUAUAUACAAGAAGUAUGCUAAUAAAUCUCCUAAAAACUAGGAGUGGAUAACAACCUAAUAAGUAGGAAUAAUAAUCAUUUAUAAUUUACAGAUUUAUACAAAAUAUGAAAACUUAAACUUGAUUUAUCUUCUUAGGCUUCAUGCUUCCUUAUCUUCUCAUCAUUAAUUGCCACUCCUUGUCUUCUAAAUGAUAAGGUUCUUUAUCCGUAACAGUUACUUAAGGAAGGGGAAAUAACGCCUGACAUUACUAGUGAAGAAUAUUUGUUGAGAAGGAAGAGAUUAUUGGAGCUUCUUCCGUAGAAGAGUUUGGCAAUAAUUGCAGCUGCACCUGUGAAGAUGAUGACUGAUGUUGUCCCUUACAUGUUUUGACAGGAUGCUGAUUAUUUAUACAUUAGAGGCUGCCAACAACCUGGACGUAUAGCAGUUUUAGCUCAUGAUUGUGGUUUAUGCAUGUUUAUGCCAGAAGCAAGCCCCCUCAUGAAGUUAUCUGGCAAGGAAAGAUUGCUGGAGCCGAGGCAGCUUUAGACAUGUUCAAGGCUGAACAAUCAUAUUAAAUGAACAGAUUGCAGAAGGAUGUUAUCUGGCAAGGAAAGGUUGCUGGAGCUGAGGCAGCUUUAGACAUGUUCAAGGCUGAACAAUCAUAUUCAAUGAACAGAUUGCAGAAGGAAUUUAUCUGGCAAGGAAAGGUUGCUGGAGCUGAGGCAGCUUUAGACAUGUUCAAGGCUGAACAAUCAUAUUCAAUGAACAGAUUGCAGAUGAUCCUUCCGGAUAUGAUAAGAAGUUCCUCCAACUUGUACCAUAAUGUUAAAACAGCCACACGUUACACGAAAUUAGAGGCCUUCCAGAAGGCUGAUAAUGAUGGCAAAGUGAAAGAUUUUUGUGUGUACACCCAUGAAGCCCGAUGGAUAAAAUCACCGGCUGAGCUCAAGUUAACGAGAGACUUUGCAGCAAUAGGUUGCCAGGCUCUUUUACAAACAAUGUUGCAUUCAAAGGCAUUUCCUUAUGAGAGUAUGCUGUCAGCUAGAGUUGAAUAUGAAUGCAACAUGAGAGAUUUAACCCUGUGGUUGGCGGUGGGCCUAAUGGUACUGUUACACAUUAUUCUCGAAAUGACCAGAAAAUCAAGGAGGCGGACCUUGUUUUAAUGGACAUUGGAUGUGAAUUGCAUGGUUAUGUUAGUGACAUCACUCGCACCUGGUCGCCUUGCGGAAGCUUUUCUCCCAUUCAUGUAUGUAGUUAUUUUCUUUCUUUCUUUAUUAUUAUUUUUUUUGGCAUACAUGACAAUCUUAGUUGCAAAAAGAAGGGGAAAAUAAAAGAAAUUAAAGGUUCUUCACAGUUGUGGACUUGUCCUCAUUAAUUCAAGGUGUUGCAGAGAUUGGAAAAAUCAAGCCUAACCAUUACCACUUUCCUUAAUGUUUAUGCUUUUGGGUUUGAACCUGUCUUCUCGCAUAGAGGUAGACUAAACUUUUGGCACAAUAGCAAGCAAGAUGCAAAAGAAAUAUCCUUUCUUAACCACAAUUUGUUCGGCCAUGGUCCUCAUUGAGAUAUUGCUCACCCUUACAUAAUCUGAGAACCGCGAUAAACAAAAAUCGCAAAAGAGAGUUCCGAUUCUUACUGAAAUUGCUUAACUACUCACUAAAAUUGAAAAGUCCCAAUAGCAGGAAAAUCCAAAAUUUGAAAUUUGAAGUUUUAAACUUCAAAUAUGCCGAGAAUAAUACCUCAAAUGCAGGAAAAAUUACUAAUUUGGAGCGCCUAAUCCACUAUCCCUCCAUGAUUGCAUCUCCAAGUGAGAUUAAUCCACGGAAAACAACAAAGCAGAAUGAGGACCAACAAAGCAAGAGGCAGUCGCGCAAAUAGAUUCUCACCUAGUCGAGAGCUUCUCUCUCUAACAUCUUAACUUACUCAGAGCUCUUUCUUGACUGAGAGCUCUUUCUUGAUUCUAUGAGUGGUGGUGCAUGGCUAUUCUUAGUUGGUGGAGCGAUUUGUCUGGUUUAUUCCGUUAAUGAACGAGACCUCAGCUUGCUAACUAGCUAUAUGGAGGUGAUCCUCCACAACUAGUUUCUUAGAGGGACUAUGGCCCUUCAGACCACAGAAGUUUGAGGCAAUAACAGGUUUGUGAUGCCCUUAGAUGUUUUGGGCCGCACGCACACUACACUAAUGAAUUUAACGAGUCUAUAACCUUAGCCAAUAGACCCAGGAAUUUUUGAAAUUUCAUUGUCUUGGGGAUAUAGAUCAUUGCAUUUGUUGGUCUUUGAUGAGGAAUUCCUAAUAAGCGCGAGUCAUCAGCUCGCGUUAAUUACGUUCUUGCCUUUUGUACACACCUCUUGUUGCUCCUACUGAUUGAAUGGUCCGGUGAAGUGUUGGGAUCGUGGUGAUGUGGGUGGUUCAUUGCCUGCGACGUUGCGAGAAGUCCACUGAACCUUAUCAUUUAGAGAGGGAGAAGUCGUAACAAGAUUUCUGUAGGUGAACAUGCGGAAGGAUCUUUGUCGAACCUUGCAAGAGCAGAACGACUUGCGAGCCAGUAACUGUAAGCUGUGAGAGAGGCGGCCCUCAUGGUGCCUCCACCACCGUGAGGGGCGUGCAAACUCAGCCUCUCUGGCCGUGGCGCACCCUCCCACGACAAACAACGAACACCGGCGUAGGACAUGCCAAGGGAAUGAAAUGAAUGAGGCCCCCCUCUUGACCCCCUUGACGGCAACGGCGGGGUGCCACCUCUUUUAUUUAAGAAAAACGAAUCUUGGCAACAGAUAUCUCAGCUCUCGGCUUCCAGAUAUCUCGGGCAGUGUGUACAAAGUGCAAGGACGUAGUUUAUGCGAGCUGAUGACUCGCAUUUACUAGGUCUUCCUUGUUGAAGACCAACAAAUGCAAUGAUUUAUCUCCAUCAUGAUGAAAUUUCAAAGAUUACCUGGACGUGUCGGCCAAGGAUAUGGACUUGUUGAAUACAUCAGUGUAACGCGCGUGCGACCCAUAACAUUAAGGGCAUCAUGGACCUAUUAUUAUCUCAAACUAUCGUGGCCUGAAAGGCCAUAGUCCCUCUUAAGAAGCUAGCUGUUGAGGGUUAUCUUCACAUAGCUAGUUAGCAGGUUAAGGUCUCGUUCGUUAACGGAAUUAACCAAACAAUUCACCCCACCAACUAAGAACAACCAUGCAACACCACCCAUAGAAUUAAGAAAGAAAUCUCAAUUAAGAAAGAGCUCUCAGUAAGUUAAGAAGUUAGAGAGAGAAACUCUUAGUUGGGUGGAAAUUUUCUUGCGCGAUUGUCUCUUGCUUUCUUGGUCAUUUUUCUGCUUUGUUGUUCUUCAUGGAUUAACCUCACUUGGAGAUGCAAUUAUGGUAUGAUAGUGGAUUGAGGGCCUAGAUCAGUGAUUUCUACUAUAUUGGAGGUAUUGUUUUCGACAGAUUUGAAGUUUAAAACUUCAAAUUUCUAAAUUUGGAUUUUACUGUGAUAGGGACUUUUUAAUUUUAGUGAGUUUUUAAGCGAUUUCUGUAAGGAUCAGAGCUCUUUUGUGCGAUUUUUGUUUGUCGCAAUUCUCAAAUUGUGUAAAGGUGAACAGUAUCUCAGUGGGGGCCAUGGCUGAUUGGAUUAGGUAUUGACUUGUCAAAGACUAGUUUGUUCGUAUUCAAGUUUGCAGAUAAGGAGUCAAGUGAUGGUGUGCUACAGAGAGGGGCCGUAUUUUGUUUAUGGCCGUGGUGUGAUGCUAAAACAAAUGCCAUCUUGUUUUGAUUUUGAGGACAAGUAUGUUAGUAUCAUGUGAUUCAUGCCAGUCUGGAUAUUGCUGCCAGGGCUGCCAUCAGAUUGUUGGAACUCCAAAGCUCUGGGCAAGAUUGCAUCAAAGAUUGAUAGGCCCUUUUAUUUGGAUAAACUCACAGUCACCAAGGAACGGAUUUGUUUUGCCAUGAUUCUUGUCGAAGUUGAUGUUUUGAAAGAACUUGUCUAGUCUUUUUAAAUUAAAAUGCCCACUGGAAGAGUAUGGGAGUAGAACGUGGUUUAUGGGUGUGAGCCAAAAUUCUGCCCAACUUGUAAAGUCAUGGGUCAUUCUGUGAAUGGAUGCAGUAAUAGAAAAAAUUCGGUAGUUAUUGGAGAUAAGGUUCCUUCGUCGAAAAGCCGUGAAAAUACUUCCAAGACGCCAGAGAUGGUUUCAACUUAGGAAACAAAAAGGUGGUUUUGAAUCCUUAGUGUAUGCCUUGAUCGGAUGUUCUAGUGGUUGUUGUGGCUGAUGCGUCAUUAAUUUCCCGUAAGAGAGAUGAGCGAGCUUCGGAUUUGCCAUCAGCAACUGGCCGUCAUUCUCAUAAAGGGGCCAGGACAGGUGGAUGUAUGGUAGGGCAAGCUGGGGUCCCUUUUCAGGAGAUUAAAGGAAAGAAAAAGAAAUCAACAAAGCAUUCAGCCCCCGAAAUCGAGCAGCAAUCCUAGCAUUCUGAAAAGCCUAAGGUAAGUAUGAAUGUAGCGAAGGGUUAGAAGGACAAGGGUGCCCUUGUAGAUAAACCAUUAUCCCCAAAAACGUUGGUCAAGAAGGGUCAAUCCCUUCUUAUUGCCACAUGAAGAUCGCAACCUGGAAUAAUAGGCCCCUGAAGCAGAAUUGGGUUAAAGAUCUCAUUCAACAGGAGAAGAUUGAUGUUUUUGACAUCUUGGAAACGAAGCAGAAUUUAUCAAAGUUGUAGUAGAUGAUGAGAAAUAAAUUCCUAGCAUUUCAGCAGAUGAACAACUUCUAGCUGCAUACAACGAGUAGAAUUGUGAUAUUAUGGAACUCGAUAAAAUUUUGUAUUGAGCCGCUUGAUAGCUCCUUCCAAGCCAUCGACUGCUCAGUGACUUGCAAGGUAACUUCAGUUUCCUUUAAGAUCAGUUUUGUAUACGCUUUUCAUUCCAUUGUUAGCAAGAGACCCUUUUGGAACAACCUAGUUGAUAUCUCCAUGAGGAUCAAUGCCUCUUGGCUCAUCCUUGGAGAUUUUAACAGUGUGCUUAAGAAAAAGGAAAAAUGCAAUGGGAUGGUUGUGUUAGCGUAUAAAAUCAAAGAUAUCUAGGAUUGUGUUCUCUCAGCGGGUCUAUUUGAUUUACCAUCCUAUGACUGUUUUUUCACUUGGAGUGACAAUUCAGUGUGGUUUGAAUUGGAUAGGGCGUUAGUUAAUAAUGAAUGGCUCAUGGGAGGGCUUAAUGGCUAAGCUUUAUUCCUUCUGUUGGGCUGCCUUUCAGACCAUUCGCCAUGUAUUAUUUCUUUGGUAAAGCAGGAGAGCUCAUUCGGGAAGCCAUUUAAGUUCUUUAACAUGUGGGUUUCUCAUGAAAAAUUUUAGUCAAUGGUUAACGAGGAAUGAAAUCUGUUUAAUUGUGUUAAUCAAGGGACAAAGUAGUUUAUUCUUUGCAGGAAAUUACAGAGAUUAAAAGGCCCAUUGAAGAAGUUUAAUUCCCUACAUUUUAGUCUUAUAUCAACUCAUGCAGAUAGGGCAAAGAUAGCCUUGAAAGUUAGCCAAUUGGAGCUUCAAAGUCAUCUUCUUGAUGCCGAUAUGUAGCAUAGAGUGGUUGGGUUGAUGAAGGUUUCAAUGAAUCUUAAUGAGGCUGAGUGUCAUUUCUAUUAGCAAAAAGCGAAGUGUAAUUAUCUUGAGAAUAACGACAUGUGCACAAAAUUCUUUCAUGCUUUAGCAAAAGAAAUUCUAUUGCUUACGUCCGCAAAGAAGAUGGGUCCUUUACCCACCAACAGGUUGUGAAUGAAUUUGUUUCAUUCUAUGAAAAGCUCUUAAGCUCAAGAAUGUCGUGUGACCUGCUUGAUCUCCACAUAUUGCGCUCAACUAAAGUAAUCUCAGCGGAUCAGGUGGCCAGUCUUAUCAAGCUUGCAUCCCAGCAGGAAAUUAAAGAUGCAUUCUUUAGCAUAGGAGAAGAUAAAGCUCCAGACCCUGAUUGUUUUUCCUUUAUUUUUUCAAGAAAUGUUGGCACACAGUGGGUGAUCUGUGCUCCAAAGCAGUUGAAAAAUUCUUCGUUUCUAGGGCCCUCUUAAAGUAGUUAAAUCACACAACAAUUUCCUUGAUUUCGAAAUCAAGUCAUGCUCAAUCAGUGGGUGAUUUUAGACUAAUCGCUUGCUGUAAUGUUAUUUUCAAGGUGAUAUCCAAAAUUUUAGCUAGUCGGCUAGCUUUUUCCCUUGGCCAUGUUGUGGAUCAUGCCCAAUUUAGUUUUGUGGAAGACAGGAGUAUGAUGGAAAAUAUUCACCUAGGCCAAGAGCUUAUGGGAAAAUAUUGUAGAAAACGUAUUUCUUCUCUGUGUUUGAACAUGGUGGAUUUAAUGAAAACUUACGACAUAGUCAGUUGGGAUUUCUUUAAAGAUGUGCUUGAUGGUAUGGCUUUCCCUCCAACCUUUAGCAAAUGGGUCAUGGAAUGUGUUUCUACAGCUUUGUAUUCCAUCAAUGUGAAUGGCAGACUCCAUGGCUUUUUCGAAGGAGAAAAAGGGCUUAGGCAAGGUGACCUCUUGUCCCAUUUCUUUUUUGUGCUUUGCUUAUAAUACCUAUGGAGAGCCCUUAGUGUUGUAACGAGUAACUCAGUGUCUAAUUACCAUCUAAAGUGUGGGAGCUUGAAGUUAUCGCAUUUUGCAUUUGGAGACGACCUCAUCUUUUUUUGUAGAGGUGACCGAACAUCUGUUAGUAUUUUGAUAGACACCUUAUCUAAUUUUGGUGCAAGUCGGGUCUUCAAGUGAUUGCCUUAAAGUCCAAUCUGUUUACUGCAGGCAUCAAAGUUAAGAGCUCGAGGACAUUUAGCCGUUGGUGAAUUUUCCUAAAGUGUUUAUGCCAGUUCGGUACUUGGGUAUCCCGUUAGCAGCGGAGAAGCUUAAGGUCACCCACUAUGGUCCGUUUAUUGAGAAAAUCAUUGCCUACCUCAACUCUUGGACGAGCGCAUCCCUCUUCUAUGCUGGAAGAGCUAAGCUUAAGCUUCUCAGCAGCAAGGGGGAUGCUCAAGUAUUAGAAAGGGAUAUAGCCUUUCGGAAAGUUGGCCAAGGAUUGAAUCUCCUCUAAUUCUUGGCCCACAAUUCGUGCUAGAUAAAGGCUAGAUUUCAUAGCAUUCGCACCAAGGCCAGACUUGGCCCCAAAACUAUAUAGGCAGUCCAUGAUGAUUUUGAUUGAAAUGACAUCCCCUCUAGACAUAAGCAUCAGGUCAUCGACAAAGAUAAGAUGAGAAAUUUUUAGAUUUUCAUAUUUAGGAUGAUAGUUGAACUCUGAGUUCUCUAUCACAGCCUUGAGGGAUUUAGAAAAAUACUUAAGACAUAGCACAAGAAGGAAAGGAGAAAGAUGAUUCCUUUGCCUGAGGCUUUUAUUCCCUUUAAUGAAGCCAUAAAGGCUGCCACUCAAUACGAGAUAGAACGAUGGAGAGAUGACACAUUCCAUGAUCCAUUGAACAUAAAUUAUUGGGAAUCUCAGACCAACAAGAACCUCCCUGAGAAAAUCCCAGUUAAUGGAAUCAAUGCCUUUCUGAGGUCGACUUUGAUCAGGCAACGAGGGGAGCCCUUUUUCUUAUUAUACUUCCUUAAAAGCUUCUAUGCCAAGUGGAUAUUCUCGAUUCUAUUUCAACCCUCCGCAAAUGUAGAUUGACCUUUGUCAACUAGAGAACCAAUAAUAGAGGCGAUCUCGCUGUAGGAAUUUUAGAGAUCACCUUGUAAGUGACGUUACAGCAAGCAAUGGGCUUGAAAUCCCCCGGGUGCAUGGAAAGAUUUAGGCACCAAAACAAUGGUUGUAUGGUUGAUCUGCGUAAGAAAGGAGCCCAAUGAGAAGAAUUCAGUCACUGCUUUACAUAACUGAUCCCUAACCAAAUGCCACGCCUUCUGGCCCUGGGAUUUAUCCUAAAAAAUAUUGAACAAGAUAACCAUAAUCUCUUGAAUGGAGAUGGCCGUAGUUAGACUCUCGGCUUACUCCAUAGAACACCAUCGGCCCGGACUGCAAAAUAUUCAAGAUCAAUAGGCUCCUUACUGUUAGGUGUGCCUAGAAGGCUAUCAUAGAACCUAAGGAAUUAAUUAGCAACAUGCUGUUUGAAAGUGGUAAUGGAGACGUCCUCCUUGCAAACAACAACAAUAUGAUUCCUUUUAGAGUUUCUCUUAACCAUGGUGUGAAAAUAUUUAAGGCAUCUGUCACUAUUCUUGAGGAACGAGGAUUUAGCUUGCUGAAAGUAGAAGAGCUUUUCUACUUCACUCAGGAAUAAAGCUUGCUUCCGUAGCUCAGCCACUUCUGCUCUAAAGAUUCUCAUUAAGCGGCUAGUCAUGGAGAUCCAUUUUAGCAUUUUUCAAAGGCUUAGAUGCUUUCUCAGAUCUAGAAGAGAUAUGGGCAAAAUGCUUAUCGUUAAGCUGCUUUAGAGGCCUCUUGAGACUUCACAGCUUCUGACAAAGAACAAAUUGAUUCGUGCCAUAAACCUGAUUAUUCCAUUUAGUUGAAAACAUUGAGGGAAUUCUCAUGGUUAACCCACAUAUUGAAAAAUUUUAAUGGCUUGCUAUUAGCCAUUAUUUGAUGGAAGAGAGACAAUAUUUGGAGGAUAAUUCGAUAAACAACCAAUAGAAAGGAAGUUGACAAGCUAAAAAAAUCCCGCAAGCAGCCAGGGGUUGUUAACCAUAACUAUAUCCAGCUUGCACCGAAUCAAAUUGUUAGACCAAGUGAAAAAACAACCGAUGGAUUGCAUGUCUGAAAGCCCAGCAUUGAGACAACAUCAAGUAGAUCCUUAACUUCAUAGGGAGUGACCUCAACCCCAUUUCAUUUCUCACAAUUGCACAUAACAUUAUUAAAAUCUCCAAGAACCAACCAAAGAGAAACACAUUGAGAACCAAAUUCAGCUAAAUUUUUUCAUUAUGGUUUCUUUCAGACAAUAGAAUGGAAAGCAUAAACAAAGCUUAUAUGAAAAAAAUUGUAGAAUCCUUACAAGUAAACUUGUAAUGAAAAUCUUAGGGAGAAAUCUCAAUAGGAACAACUACUUUGGACGGAUCCCACAAGAUCAAGAUCCUUUAUACUGAGUGAGUUUGGAAGUUGUUAAGUUCCAUCCAAUCAGGGGAUUUAUUCCUGAUGACCCUAUGAAUCUUAGGAUGAUUAAGUUUGGUCUCCAGAAUAAAUAACCUAGCCAGCAGAGAGCUUGUGCCUUUAUUUCAUGAUGGUUGUUCAGUAGUUAUGGAAUAUGAAUUUGGUCAUAUAAUUCCCACAUGAUCUCGUAUAUUAAUGAGACCAAAAGGUCUCUUCAUCAGUUUCUUUGAGCUGGACUUUCCAGGUGUUUUGAUAAAUUGCAUGAGCCCUUGUCACUGCAUUAACAAGUAUGGUGAAUUCGGUUUGCUACGGUUCACUAAUCCAACCGAUGUGCCCUGCUCUUUUCAAUGUUAGUUUUAUUAUUCUGGUGAGUUGUGUGUGUUUAUUGGGGUGUGCUUUGCAAGAGUCAAGUAUUGACAUGCGGUUGCCUCUUUGGGAUGGCUAGUGUAGGAUUUUGGAAGAUUCCGUCGUAAUAUUGAAUAUUGUCAAUACGUGCCUUGCAGCUGAAUACAAUUAGCUUCUGAAUUAUGAUAGAUGUUUGUAUUCGUAUUCUACUUUUUAA